AAAUGAAAGGCGAACCAACAAUUGAAUGAUAUUCGUAAUGGGAUUAGCAAGAAAUAUUUGCAGCUUGUAUCAAAACUACUGUCAUACGAAAGCUAAACAAAACUCCAUCGUUAUUGUUUUGAAAAUCAUUCGAUCGAUUUGACGAUUGAUCACAUGACUGAAUGAUGAUUCAUUCGUUUGGUUGCAGGGAUUUUAGUUUGGUGGUUGAAUGAUUUUCGGUAUGAGGCACGGGAGUAAAUGCUUUCCUAUAGUUUUGUGACGAUUAUCACUCACAACACACCCCAAGCAAAAAAUCAUUCAUAAAUUGUGUAAAUUUUAGUUUUAUAACAGGAUGAUUUUCAUUUAUUUGAAGUCAGUCAAAUCAUUCUGUUGUAAAAUCAUUCAAAAUCCAGAUUCUGUGGAUCUGUAACGCAUUGAAUGAAGAAUCAUUCUCCAUACGGCGGGGGUUUUCGUUCAGUGUGAGAGCGAGCUGUCAGAAUCGUUUUCGGCGUUUUUCGCUGCACCCCCCCAUGUGAGUUAAGUAAUCGCUCUUCUAUCGUCGGGCGGCUCCGUUCUGGUCAGCAAUAUUUAAUUAUUGCUUAGCUCUUUCGGAAGUUUUCACGGGAUUCCGGUGGUAGACAGUGCGCUGGUCGUCGAUGGUUUAAGCCGCGGUUCGCGUGUUCAGUGUGGGUUGACGGGAUUUUCGACGGAAUGAUGUGCUAGAUGGUGCUCUCCCGAUCAGAACAACACUGAGGAUUAUGCUGAGAAAAUUGACCAGCAGUUCGGCGACGCGAUGGAUCACGACGCAGCACAUCGGAUCUCUGAGGCAGGGUCCCGGAGGAGUGCACAUCCGCCGGGGGCUGAUUAUAUACCACGACCAUCAUCGACUACAGACAGCUGUUAGCAGUGCCGGCACAAUCAUUUGCUGGAAGGAUGAUUCACGGUGGAGUGCGAAUAGCACCGGCUGCAGGAAGCUGACAAACUCACGGUGGCCGGAGCACAGGUUGCACCAUGGUGCCUCCAAAGGCAAGAACUGGGAGCUAGUUUUAAGGGAUUACAGUAGCAACAUUAGUGAUAAGAAACCGGAGCCAAAAAGUUUGCUAAAGAGGAUAGUCCAGAGUCCGUACGGGAGGUUGAUGCGGGUGGAUCGGCCAAUUGGGUCCUGGCUGCUGUUUUGGCCCUGCGGAUGGAGCAUAGCGCUGAGCGCACCGGCCGGAUGUUGGCCGGAUCUGUGGAUGCUGACCCUGUUUGGGACGGGGGCAUUCAUCAUGAGAGGAGCAGGCUGUACGAUAAACGACAUGUGGGAUCGGGACAUUGACGGAAAAGUGGCCCGGACCAAGACGCGACCGUUGGUUGCCGGAGAGUUGAGUGCAGCGGAUGCUUGGUUCUUCCUAGGAGCUCAGUUGGGCGUCGGGCUGUUGAUCCUGUUGGAACUGAAUUGGUACUCGAUUCUGCUCGGGGCAAGUUCCCUGGGGUUAGUCAUCAUCUAUCCGCUGAUGAAGCGAAUAACCCACUGGCCACAACUGGUCCUGGGAAUGACCUUCAACUGGGGUGCCCUGCUGGGUUGGAGUGCCACCCAAGGCUCGGUCGAUUGGUCCGCUUGCCUGCCGCUGUACGCGGCCGGCGUCUGCUGGACAAUCGUCUACGACACUAUCUACGCCCAUCAGGACAAGGUGGACGACGCCCUGCUGGGAAUCAAAUCGACCGCGAUCCGUUUCGGAGACAACACGAAGCUGUGGCUGAGUGGAUUCACGACGGCAAUGAUCGGCGGUCUGGUAACGUCCGGAGUGGUGUGUGAGCAGACGUGGCCCUACUAUUCGGCCGUCGGAGUGAUAUCGGCCCAUCUGGCGCAUCAGAUCUACUCCCUCAACAUCGACAACCCGACGGAUUGCGCCACAAAGUUCAUCUCCAAUCACCAAGUUGGACUGAUCCUGUUCCUGGGUAUCGUCCUUGGUACCCUGUACAAAGGCUACAGUCAACAACGGGCCACCUCCUCGUCAUCCUCAUCAUCAUCGUCGUCAUCUGCUACCUCGUCGUCCUCGUCAGGACUUCUUCUGGCCGCCGCCAAUCACCAUCAAUCGGCGGCGAGGCAAGCCAGCUAAAAGGAUGUCUCCAUGGCAGCAGUCUGUGGUUUUUAAUUUAUAUCCGCUGCAAUUGUGCUUUAAAACUUUCAGGAAAUUCAAAUUGUGUCAUAUGAUUUGAAGCAUAUAGUAGGCUACUAAAUGUUUAAUAAAUUGGGAAUCGAUUAUUUUAGUGAA